GGUUAGGAUGUCUUAGUUUUGUAGUUCUUGUGUUGGUGACCUGUCAGCGUUGUAGUACAAGCUGUCAAUGCUAAUACACUAUCCAUGUUCUCGGCGGUCGCUUGGUAUUCACCAGCAACGCAGCGGGAACCGUUUUUGGCCGCUCAGGGAGUUUUAUUCAUGUUAAAGAUGUCAGAUAUGCACAUUGCUAACGGUUUAAGCUAACAAACUUAGCCACACAACUUGACAGCUAGCCUUCGACAGCGGCUAGCGGCGUUAGCUAAGCCUGCUGGCAGGACGAGGUGUUGGAAUCCGCCCACCCCUUUAAAUCAGGGUUCCGGGACAAAAGAGUGAACGUCGUAUCCGUGUUUGCCUUUGAGCCCAGAUGGAGCCCCAAAGCUCCCACGAGCUGGGAAUAGCCAGGAAAAGAAGAAGAGAAGGCUCCAAUGGGGAGACUGAAGAAGGGGAAAGACUUGGGAAGAUCCCCCGAUGUACGGUGGGACUGAAAAACCCUGCACCUUUUGCUGAUGAGCUCAAGCCAGAUAAUAAACCCUACGAGAGAGUCACUAUGGAAGAGGCAAAGAAAGGAACCCCCUUCAACAGACCUGUGCGAGUCUAUGCAGAUGGCAUCUUUGAUGUUUUCCACUCAGGUCAUGCCAGAGCUCUGAUGCAGGCAAAACGUCUCUUUCCAAAUUCACAUCUCAUUGUUGGAGUGUGCAGUGAUGAGCUCACCCACAAAUACAAGGGCUUCACUGUGAUGAAUGAGGAUGAGCGCUACGACGCCAUCAGACACUGCCGCUACGUGGAUGAAGUGGUGCGAAAUGCUCCCUGGACAUUAACGCCAGAGUUCCUUGCAAAGCAUCGCAUUGAUUUCGUGGCCCACGAUGACAUUCCAUACUCAUCAGCAGGCAGUGAUGAUGUGUACAAGCACAUUAAAGAAGCAGGCAUGUUUGCUCCCACCCAGCGGACAGAGGGCAUCUCCACAUCUGACAUCAUCACACGCAUAGUCCGGGACUAUGAUGUGUAUGUCAGACGCAACCUGCAGAGAGGUUACACAGCCAAAGAACUCAACGUCAGCUUCAUCAACGAGAAGAAGUACCACUUGCAAGAGCGAGUGGACAAGGUUAAGAGGAAGGUACGUGACGUGGAGGAGAAGAGCAAAGAGUUUGUCCAGAAGGUGGAGGAGAAGAGUAUCGACCUGAUCCAGAAAUGGGAGGAGAAGUCCAGAGAGUUCAUUGGCAACUUCUUGCAGAUGUUCGGCCCUGAGGGAGCUCUGAAGCACAUGCUGAAGGAAGGAAAAGGCCGCAUGCUGCAGGCCAUCAGCCCCAGGCAGAGCCCCAACAGCAGCCCCACCCGAGAGGAGCGCUCACCCUCCCCUACCUUCCGUCUGCCCUUCUUCUCUAAGACCUCCCCUCCUCACCACAGCGGGGCCCGGGGAUACCUCAUCAGCGAGGACGACGAUGAUGACGACGACGACGACGACAACAACUAGACCCAAGUCUGGUGAAUUCAACGCUGUCGGGCCACAGUUAGCACUACCAGUAAAGAGAUCUGUCAAGCUGUGUGGUCUUCAUGGAGCUCCUGGCUGCAGAUUUUUUAUCGUGUUCCUGGAUUUUCUUUUAGCACUUGAGGGUCAUGUUAAUUGUGACAGCCAGGUUGUUUACAGCUCUUGUUUUUAACAACCAGUUUUCAUCUUUUCUGUUUCUGUGUAAUGGUCAGUAAAUUACAACUAGACACCAACUAGAGUGCUUUAAAAGUUAGUUUAUGAAUCUGUUACUUUUAAUGUUAGUAAUAAUUAGUCGCUCACUGUCACACACAGCAAUAUUUUCAGGUAUUAGCCUUGGUGCACUGCUUCAUCUGUGACUGUAUUCCUAGAGCUUGCAUCAUGGCAUGAAUGCUUGAGGCGUUGACAGUGGGGGGCACUUGUUGCAGCAGAAAGGUUUAGUUUUUAUUCAGAACUGUUGAGCUGAGGAAUCAUGGAAUAAGACACUGUUUUAAUGUUCUGCUUGUGUUUCAGAUUUUAUCCGCAUACUAACAUUAAAAUACGGUAACUAAAGCCAAUAACAUCUGAUUACAACAGAUCUAAGCUGAAUCUGAGAAUAAAUGUCAACCAAGGAUGGAGUUUUCCUGAGUUUUUCCUGCCUGUGUCCAUGUUCCUUGCAUGGCAUUGUUUGUCAGCAUGUUUAAUGUAUCUCUUAACAGCAUCUGUUGACAGACGGACACUGGAUUCAGCUAUUUCCUGCAUAUGGUAACAAAUUUGCUUUUAAAUUUUACUAUCUGCUGACAGGAAUCGGUCUUUGAAAGACUAGUUUAAAACUAGACGCCUUUAAGUGGCGUGGGUGAGUGGGUGACACAUUUAAAUCUUGGUGUAGAAUUGUUUAUUUCUUUGUAGCGUUUUCAUCCCACAAUUGUUUUUUCCCCCUCCGUGAGCAGAGAAUCAACAUAAGCAAUGCACGACAUGCAUAUUUUCUGUCAUGUAAGAUUGUCCUGCAGAUCUGGGGCUGUGAAAAAGUGAUCAUUUUAACUUUAAUAUGUUGUUACAAAACAAUGUUAGGUUUUUGAAUUUCAAAAUAGACAAACUUGUAAAGCCAUUAAAUGGCGUACUGUAAGUUGGGUCACUGUCAGAAAUUCUGUUUUUAUGAUCAGAUCUUCCUCAUGGGUAGCGAGCUGGCAUGGGAAUCUAAAUAAAUGUAAAGUUGGGACUUACGCUGAGUCAGAUCCACUGGAUGGUAUUUUCA